GGCCGGGAAAAGCAAAACCAUCUCGACAUCUGGUUGGUCGCAGUCUCUCCUCUCCAUCCAUCACCUUAUCAUCUUCUUCAUCAUCGCUACUACCACCGAGAGCACUACACGAGCCCCUCUCCUGUCUCGAGUCUCCACUGCCAUCGUCACUCGACAUGGCUACUCAAGAGGAGAAGACGGCCGUCAAGUCCGAGGAGGCGCCGCCCCCGGCUGCGGCGGUGGCGGCCGCAGAACAGCCUCCUCCGGCUGGGGCGCGCAGGGCGGCGCCGGGCGGCCCUUUCGACUUCUCCACCAUGAUGAACUUGCUCAAUGACCCGAGCAUCAAGGAGAUGGCGGAGCAGAUCGCCAAGGACCCGUCCUUCAGCGAGAUGGCGGAGCAGCUGCAGAAGACGGUGGCGCCCUCUCCGGCGGCGUCCUCGGCGUCAGCCCCCCGGUCGCCGCAGGAGCUGGCGGCGGCGCUGGACCCGCAGAAGUACGUGUCGACGAUGCAGCAGCUGAUGCAGAACCCGCAGUUCGUGGCCAUGGCGGAGCGCCUCGGCAGCGCGCUCAUGCAGGACCCGGCCAUGUCCUCCGUGCUCGGCGGCCUCACCGACCCCGCCCACAAGGAGCAGCUCCAGGCCCGCGUCGCCCGCAUGAAGGACGACCCCUCGCUCAAGCCCAUCCUCGACGAGAUCGAGUCUGGCGGGCCCGCCGCCAUGAUGAAGUACUGGAACGACCCGGAGGCGCUGCAGAAGUUCGGCCGCGCGAUGGGCGUGGGCGGCCCGUCCGCCGCCGCCGCCGGACCCGAGGCAGAGGAGGAAGAAGAAACAGUUGACGUCGGCGAGGAGUACGAGGAGGAGUCGGUGAUCCACCACGCGGCGAGCGUGGGCGACGUGGAGGGCCUGAAGAAGGCGCUGGAGGACGGCGUCGACAAGGACGAGGAGGACUCGGAGGGGCGUCGCGGCCUGCACUUCGCGUGCGGCUACGGCGAGCUGGCGUGCGCGCAGGCGCUCCUGGAGGCCGGCGCGGCGGCCGACGCCGUCGACAAGAACAAGAACACCGCACUGCACUACGCCGCCGGAUACGGCCGCGAGGCGUGCGUCGCGCUCCUCCUCGACCACGGCGCCUCCGUGACGCUGCAGAACCUGGACGGGAAGACGGCGAUCGACGUGGCGAGACUCAACAGCCAGGAGGAGGUGCUCAAGCUGCUCGAGAAGCACGCAUUCGUCUAGACGUCAUCAUCGAUCUCGCUUCAUGAGUUUGCUUAAUUUAUUUUUAUUAUUAUUCACAUUUCACUCUGUCUGCUGCUUAAUUAAUUCUUCGCCGCCUUCGGGAAGAAGAAAGUUUUCUCUUGGUCUGUAAUUCAUAUUUCUUACAGAUCGAUCUGUGUCUAUUUGAGUGUGGUUAGAAUGAAUCUGUCAAUUUUCAGAAUUUUGAUUAAUGAAUAAGGAAUGGUUUAUGUUUUCCUUUUU